UGGACGGAGCACUAGCAGCAGUUGUCAGAAAUGGCAGCAUUGGUCUCCAAAGAUUCAGAGGGUAUAUACACUGCCCUGGCCAGUCCAGACCAAGAUGUGUACAGCACACUGGGCCAGACCUCACUCAACAGCCCAGGAGCUCAGCACAAAGAGCACAGUGGGCAAAGCUCAUAUCCCUACAGACGGGUUGCAGUGGGUCUGGGGCUGCUGUGUGCUCUCUUAUUGGCUGCCACAGUAGUCUUGUGUGUCCUCUAUACAAGUCUAUCAGAGAACUAUUCAAUGUUGGAGAGAGAUCUGGAGGAGCUCAGAAGCAACUACAGCACCAUGAAUACAGAGAAAGUCCAGCUACAGAGUAAAUACAAUGAAUUAAGAAACUCCACUUUUUCAAGCAGUACUGUCCCUCCAGUUCACAGCAGUGUGCCUAACCCCUGUCCACAGGGCUGGGCACAGUUCUCUUCGAAGUGUUACUACUUCUCUAAUGAGGCGAAGACGUGGACAGACAGUUACAGUGACUGCGUUAAAAGGGGAGCUGACCUGGUGAUUAUAGAGAGUGAAGAGGAACAGCGUUUCAUCAACAAACAAAUAAAAAACCUCACCUGGAUUGGACUGAGUUACUCAGCAGUUAGGGGUUACUGGCUCUGGGUGAAUGGUACCCCUCUGCAGAAAGGAUUCUGGAGGAGUGGAGAGCCAGAUGAUGAAAAUGGAUUUUAUUGUGCCCUGUUUUUCCCUUUGAGGGGGACAAACAAUGCAUGGGAUGCUUUUGACUGUUCUCGUAAGCUUAAUUUCAUCUGUGAGACUAAUGCUCUGCUCCCCUAAACUAUUUUUUAUCAUUGUAUGUUUUUGGUUCUCUCAUCUUGUGAGAGGCUAUUGAUCAUGCCAGCUUUGACAGUCAAACACAGGACCAAUAAGCAGACCACAAUGUUACCGUUUCUGUUGGGAAUAUAUGGAAUAUACAUACUGCUGUCUUUACUAGAAAUGUAUCUGUGAGACUAAGCUUUAUUAAAUGCAUUGAAAUGACUGUACAUGCAAAGUAGAUUUAAGCUAUUACAUUAUUGGUUCUAUGGACAUAUUGUAAGUAUAAAAAU